AUCUAAAUUUGGAAACGGAGAUGGGAAACGCGAGCGGGAAGGAGGGAGAGAACGGGCCGGGCGGGCCGUCGGCGAGAUCGGACGGCUGUGAUCAGGCGGACUACCGCAUGGUGGGCGGCAUGGGGAGCUCGCCGCCGGAGAGUCCCGGACGAUCCCGUUCCCCGUUCAUGUUCACUCCUCAGCAAUGAACUGCGGAAAGCGAUGUGCUGGCGUCCCUGUCAAUUCGUUGUCACGGGCAAUUGCUUUUGGAAGCUCUUUAUCUGGCAUUAGUUUUGACAGUGCUACAUGAGAUAUUAGAAAAUGAGGAUCUCCAAAUGCUGUCAUUAACGACAACUGGUCAGAUAUGAGACCCUGUUUUUGCUGCGAGACAUCUUGGCGACAAGCAGAAGAGUUCUAUGUGUUCCUUGAGAUUCCAAUUGCUCCGCUGCAGAGAGGUGCUGAGAUCCCUCCAGUUUUCAAUUAUACGAGGAUGAACUCCUCUCAUGGGCAUUUGGAUGCUCCCCUUGAAAAGGGAAUUCCCACAUUGAUUACAUGGAACUAUGGUGGAAAUGAUGUUGCUGUGGAAGGGUCAUGGGAUAACUGGAGCUCAAGGAAGGUGUUACAGAGGUCAGGCAAAGAUCACUGCAUCCUGUUGGUCCUCCCAUCUGGGGUCUAUCAGUACAAGUUCAUUGUUGAUGGUGAAUGGAGGCACAUUCCUGAUCUUCCUUGCAUGACUGAUGACAUGGGGCAAACGGUUAAUCUUCUUGAUGUCCAUGACUAUGUUCCAGAAAAUCUGGAAAGUGUUUCUGAAUUCGAGGCACCACCAUCACCAAACUCCAGCUAUGGUUGGUCAUUUCCUGUGGAUGAGGACUUUGCAAAAGAGCCACCAGCCCUUCCCCCCCAGAUGCAUGUUACAGUCCUUGGCCCCCAGAGCAACGAGGAUUCUCCAAAAAAGCCCCAGCAUGUUCUUCUCGACCACCUCUUCAUCGAGAAAGGAUGGGCUUCGCAGUCGCUGGUUUCCCUUGGCCUGACCCACAGGUUUCACUCCAAGUAUGUGACUGUCGUCCUCUACAAACCUAUGAGAAGGCAGUAGAAACAUCAGCAAAAAAUUUCUGAGGUUACAGAAACAGCUGCCACCCUCCCCUCUGUAAAUAAGGGUGCUGCAGCUGCUGUAGGUUUAAGGUGCUUCUGUGCUAGUGCUGUGAACCCUUUACUUUUAUAAUAAGCUCGUCUCAGGA